AUGGCUACAGAGACUGAUGCCAAUGAAUGUUUGCAAUGUAAUUGCAAUGGGAAAUCGCAUGAGUGUUACUUCAACCAGACACUUUAUGAUUUAACUGGCCAUGGUGGUUAUUGUAUAAAUUGCCGUGAUAAUACAGCUGGCCCCAAUUGUGAUCAGUGCAAAGUGAAUCACUACCUGAAGAAGCCUGAGCAUAUGUGUAUGCCAUGUAAUUGUGAUGCGACAGGUUCCACCAAUUUGCAGUGUGACUUUACAGGUAAAUGCAGAUGCAAACCAGGUGUGACAGGUGUCCACUGUGAUAGAUGCAAACCAAAUCACUAUGACUUCAGUGCCUAUGGUUGCAGGUCUUGCGAUUGCGACCUUGCAGGAAGUUUUGAGAAUCAACCGCACUGUGACACGAUAACAGGAAAAUGUAGAUGUAAAGCAAAUGUAGAAGGACAAAAAUGUGACAGGUGUAAAAUUGGAUUCUUUGGAAUGGAAGAAAGCAAUCCAUUUGGCUGUAUUGCUUGUUUUUGCUAUGGUCACUCUUCAUCCUGCCAAUCGGCCAAUGGCUAUUAUGGCCGCUCGACCGUGAGCCUCUUUGAUACAGGUCGGCAACGAUGGAAGGCUGUUGACCGAGCCAAUGUUGUUGUUAAUACUCAGUUUAAUGCAAUUACCCGACAACUUGGUGUGGCUGCGCAGGGAAGAGAAUUCAUUUAUUUUGUGGCUCCAGACCGCUAUUUGGGUGACCGUCGCUUCAGCUAUAACCAGUUUCUUUCCUUCAAGUUCCGAAUUGGUGAAAACCAGGCAAGAGCCUCCAGGGCUGACAUUGUUUUGGAAGGUGGAAAUGGCCAAAUGGUCUCACUGCCUAUCUAUGCCCAAAAAAAUCCAGUCCCAAAAGCCACUGAGCAAGAAUACCGAUUCCGUCUGCAUGAACACGCAGACUAUGAAUGGCAGCCACAUCUUCUAGCGGAAGAUUUCAUCACGUUGUUGUCUAAUUUGACAGCAAUUAAAAUCCGUGGAACUUACAACACUGAUGGAACUGGGUUCCUUGAUGAUGUGAAAAUGGGGACAGCUUGGUUAGGUUUCAAUGGGGGUAAGGUUGCCACAUGGGUGGAGCAGUGCAACUGUCCAACUGCCUAUCUGGGUGAAUAUUGCCAGUCUUGUUCCCCAGGUUACAGAAGAGAUCCACCCAAUGGAGGUCCAUUUGCCCGUUGUGUACCCUGUGAAUGUAAUGGGCACUCGGAUGACUGUGAUGUCAAUACAGGCCGCUGUAUCUGUAAACACAACACAAUCGGCCGUAACUGUGAAAGGUGCCUUGAGGGUUAUUAUGGAGAUGCCAGACAGGGGACAACUGAUGAUUGCAAACAAUGUCCGUGUCCAAACAAUGGCACAUGUCAGCAAUUUUCCAACAAAGAAGUUGUUUGCACUAACUGUCCAGAUGGUUAUGGAGGUGACCUUUGUAAUAUCUGCUUGGAUGGUUACUACGGUGAUCCAGCUGGACGUCAUGGACCAAAGACACCAUGUCAAAGAUGCUCCUGCAAUGAUAACAUCGAUCUGAACAGUGUCGGAAACUGCAAUACAAUAACUGGUGAAUGUUUGAAUUGUCGCUAUAAUACAGUCGGCUUUUUCUGUGAAAAAUGUCUUCCCAACUAUUAUGGUGAUGCACUGGCACUUCCAAAAGGACAGUGUAAACCCUGCAAUUGUUAUGAAAAGGGCACUCUUCCAACUGGGACCAUAUUUUCCUGUGACCCCAACAAUGGACAAUGUCCAUGCCAGAAUGCUGUGGAAGGACUCAAAUGUGACAAAUGCCAACCUGGCUAUUGGAAUUUGGAUAGUGGCAGUGGCUGUGAACCAUGCAACUGUGAUUUGACUGGAUCGAUCGACAGCAACUGUGACCAAAACCAUGGUCAAUGCACAUGUAAAGAUAACACUCUUCUAUGUCCCUGCCUUUUCUCCUCUUCUAAAUCCCUGCCUUUCUCCUCUUCUCUCGUCCCUGCCUUUCUCCUCUUCUCGUCCCUGCCUUUCUCCUCUUCUUUUCCCUGCCUUUCUCCUCUUCUUUUUGCCUUUCUCCUCUUCCUCGUCCCUUACCUUUCUCUCUUCUUCCCUGCCUUUCUCCUCUUCUUUGUCCCUGCCUUUCUCCUUCUCUUUAAACCUGCCUUUCUCCUCUUCUCGUCCCUGCCUUUCUCCUCUUCUUUUUUUCCCUGCCUUUCUCCUCUUCUAAAUCCCUGCCUUUCUCCUCUCCUCUUCCCUGCCUUUCUCCUCUUCUCCUUUUCCUUUCUCCUCCUGCCUUCUCCUCUUCCUUUCAAUUUGCCUUUCUCCUCUUCUCAGUCCCUGCCUUUCUCCUCUUCUUCAUUUAGUCCCUGCCUUUCUCCUCUUCUCGUCCCUGCCUUUCUCAUCUUCUAUAUAAUCCCUUAUCAUUUUCCUGCCUUUCUCCUCUUCUGUGUCCCUGCAAGCUCCUUUCUCCUCUUCUCGUCCCUGCCUUUCUCCUCUUCUCGUCCCCUGCCUUUCUCCUCUUCUCGUCCCUGCCUUUUAAAGUUUCUCCUCCCUGCCUUUCUCCUCUUCUUUAUCCCUGCCUUUCUCCUCUUCUAUUCCCUCCUUUCUCCUCUUCCUCGUCCCUGCCUUUCUCCUCUUCUAAACCCUGCCUUUCUCCUCUUUCUCCCUCCCGUGCCUUUGUCUCCUCUUCUCCUUUCUUCACCCUGCCUUUCUCCUCUUCUCGUCCCUGCCUUUCUCCUCUUCUUCGUCCCUGCCUUUCUCCUCUUCUCAUAUCCCUGCCUUUCUCCUCUUCUCAUCCCCUGCCUUUCUCCUCUUCUUAUAAAAAGCUGCCUUUCUCCUCUUCUCUCCCCUGCCUUUCUCCUCUUCUAUUUCCCCAGCCUUUCUCCUCUUCUGAACUUCCCUGCCUUUCUCCUCUUCUAUCCCUGCCUUUCUCCUCUUCUUCAAACCUGCCUUUCUCCUCUUCUGCAAUUUUUUUCUCCUCUUCGAUCCUCCCUGCCUUUUCCUCUUCCUCCUUAUUUCUUUUCCUUUCUUCUAAACCUGCCUUUCUCCUCUUCUCUAAAACUUUCCUUUUCUCCUUUCUCUAAAGAAUCCCUGCCUUUCUCCUCUUCUAAAACCCCUGCCUUUCUCCUCUUCUGUCCCUGCCUUUUCCUCUUCUCGAGAUGCCUCUUCCUCUUCUUCCCUUUUUUCUCCUCUUCUCGUCCCUGCCUUUCUCCUCUUCUAUCCCCUGAAAACUCCUACACCCUCUUCUUUCCCUGCCUUUCUCCUUUUCUUCUCCCUCCCCUCUUUGCCCUUUCUCCUCUUCCACUCCCUGCCUUUUCUCUUCUUCAAUCAAACGUCCCUGCCUUUCUCCUCUUCUACCUCCCUGCCUUUCUCCUCUUCUGCAUCCCUAAUUUCUCCUCUUCUCAAAAUGACUUUCUCCUCUUCUCAUCCCUGCCUUUCUCCUCUUCUCAUCCCUGCCUUUCUCCUCUUCCCUUUUCUCCCUAA